AUGCCGGACGAUGCAAUCCCCAGCUCGGGUAUAUCAAGAUCGCCUCCCCGGUCCUCGUCCUUCUCUCCUGACUCCAUCUUCUCGACUUGGCGGGAGCGAUUCCGAAGCUGGUGGUCCUAUACCUCGCUCUCUCCGUUUGAGUCGUACUCGCAGAUUCCCCAGUCGGACCUCCCGCUUGACCAACCCCCUGACCAGCUUCCACGGCGUGAAGACGACCCCAAGAUGGAAUUACUGCGCCUGGACAAAGCUCGAUGGCGCACGUACUGGCUGGCUACCGUGCUCUGCUGCGGCGGCGCCUUAUUCGGAUAUGACUCGGGCGUUAUUGGUGGCGUCCUCACAUUCUCUUCUUUCCAAGACUCCUUUCAGAUCCCUGCGGACAAGGAAACCAAAGUGAGCUCCAUUGCAGUCGGUAUCCAGCAGGCUGGUGCAUUCGUCGGCUGUUUCCUCAUCUGGCCCGUGACCAACCGCUUAGGUCGGCGCAUGGCAAUGGCGCUGUGCUCGCUCCUCUUCUGUAUCGGUGUGGUGCUAGAAGUCAUCGACACGCACUCGCUGCCAGCAUUUUAUGUCGGACGAGUGAUUUGUGGUCUCGGCAUUGGCGGCUCUGCCACCGUCAUCCCCAUCUACAUGUCCGAAAUGAGUCCCAAAGAGAUCCGUGGUCGGCUGGGUAGCUGCUACCAGCUAUCCUACACCAUCGGCAUCCUGGUAUCGUACUGGAUCGACUACGGCGUCAAAUUUAUGGCCGCAACCCCUGCCCAGUGGCAGAUACCCAUCGGCCUGCAGCUUGUUCCCGGAGCGAUGAUGGGCCUUGGUAUGCUGACGCUGGACGAGAGUGUACGCUGGCUCUUGGCCAAGGGCAAGACAGCAGAGGCCUGGCGGAGCAUGGUCUGGAUCCGCGCGGGUGAUUCGCAGGCUGUGACCGACGAGUUCGCAGAGAUCCGCCACGGACUCGAGGAGGAAAAGCACGCAACGGCCGGGUUCAAGAUGACCGAGCUGCUCGAGGGUCCUAAUCGUCAGCGGCUCCUGAUUGCCGGCGGCCUCUUCCUGGGCCAGCAGUCGACGGGUUCAACGGCGCUGGCCUACUUCGGCCCGCAGUUCUUUUCCAUUCUCGUCGGACCCGGUGACAAGAACCUGUUGCUAACGGGCAUCUUCGGUGCCAUCAAGGUGAUCUCGUGUCUGCUCUUUGUGCUGUUCAUGUCUGACCGAUUUGGUCGGAAACCCGUGCUGGCCGGCGGCGCUAUUUUCAUGUCCAUAUGCAUGGUCAUCACCGCUGCGGUGGUGAAGACGCACUCACCCAGCGAGGAUGGGCCCGUCACCUCAGCGGGGAUUGCCACCGUCGCACUCAUCUACCUGGAUAUCAUGGCAUACAACUUCAGUUGGGGCCCACUGCCCUGGCCAUGCACCAGCGAGAUCUUCCCGACGCGCAUCCGCGAGCCCGGCGUGGCCUUUGGCGUGGGAGCCCAGUGGCUGUUCAACUUUGUCUGGAGCUUCUCCACACCCUACAUCAUGGCCGCCAUCGGCUGGGGCACAUUCCUGCUGUUCGGCGGGCUGGACGUGCUGAUCCUUUUGUUCACCAUCUUCUGUUUGAAGGAGACCGUUGGCAAGUCUCUAGAGGAGAUCAAUGAGAUGUUCGACGGCCAUUCUGUCAAGGAUAUUGAGGAUGACGAUGCGCAGUCUUACUCUGCCGACUCCCCGUCUCAGUACCGGGAUGCUGACCCGGACUCGAUCUCCGUUGCCAAGACGUCUACCAUCGAUAAAGCCAACGACACACAUGUCGAGGAAUCGACCGCCGGACGGGCUUGA